CUUAACCACUCUCUUGCCUCUCACAGUAUGUCUCCGGAAGGGGAUGGAUCCAGACGCAGUGCCUACGCACGAGACUCUCCCUCUGACUAUCGACGGAGGGGAAAUGAAAGAGAUGACUUGAGCCGAUACGACCGCCCCAGACGCUCAAGAUCGCGCUCGCCAACGCGUUACGACAGAGACCGUGAACGCAGGAGAAAUCGCAGCCGGAGCAGAGACGAAGGCAGAGAAAGAGGCCUGGAGCGGGCGCGGAGUAAAAGCAGGAGUCCGCUCCCCAAGCGUCGAAGGCUAUCUCGCGGCUCCCUUUCUCGCUCCCGUUCUCGCUCUCGUGACGCUGACAGGCGGCGGAGGCGCAGGUCAAUAUCUUCGCAUAGCGUCUCUUCGGAGGACUCUGAGCGCAGAAGAAGAAGGAAACGGAAGGAGAAGGAGAGCAAACGAAGCAAGAGCGAAGAGAGAGAGCGACGCGAGCGGAAGGAGAGGAAGAGGGAAAGGAAAGAGAAGAAGAAGUCGAAGAACAAAGCUCAAUGGGGAAGAUUUGGAAUCAUCACCGACACAGAUAUGUUCACAAAGGCACAAGAGUUUCAUACUUGGCUGGUCGAAGAACGCAAAAUCAAUCCAGAAACCAUGUCCAAAGACCAGAAUCGGAAAGAGUUCGCCAAGUACAUGGAGGACUAUAAUACAGCGACUUUGCCGGAUGAGAAGUACUACAAUAUGGAAGCCUACAACCGACGAAUGUCCGCGCUGAGACAAGGGGACUUUGUGCCUCCCCCUGAAGACACCUAUGACGCAGAAGCGGAUAUGAAAGCUCUCAGCGGUGCUCACAAGAAGAAACACGUCGAUCAGGAUCUCCAUCUCAAUCGAGAGCAGCUUAUGGAGCUGCGCAAGGUCCAAAAUGAGCGUGUGCAGGUCGGCAAAAUGAAGCAGUUGGGAAUGGACAUCAAACAGAACAUGGGUGUUCGGAUGGAUGGUUCAACUUUCGAUGACUAGAGAGAGGGCCGUGCAUAUGUGGUGCUACGGGAAGCAGCCGCAAGGUCAAGGUACCUGAACUUUGAAGGCGAUGAUGAGUCAUGACCAACCACGUCUUCUGGCGAUUCCCUUUUGCGUGCCCCUUGGUCAGCCUUGGCGCCUAAAAGGAGUGACGGUCUCGGCCAUUCCCGAAAAUGAAUCUCUCUUGUGACACUAUCAUGCUCAAUCAAUGGUGGGCAUCUGGACCGAAGAACGAUUGCUGAGCUUAGUCGAAGAGAAGAGCAUUUUCGCAUCAUAUUGAUUCAAAAUUUUCUUGCAAUGUUUUCACUCUCCGAGUGGGUUGUGCUCCUUUGUAUGGACCAUCGUCCCUUCCUUUUUUGGUAGUUCUCUACCUGGCACUCGUCAAAGUACCCAGACUUGAUCUCUGGCUGAUCUUUAUCCUUAUCCUCGCUUGCACUGUCGACUAUAAAGUGUUUACGGCGCUGUUUGUGGAAAGACGGCUCUAAUGGGGCCUACCGGUAUCCUUGCCCUCCUUCGACGUUCCGGCACGUCCCGAACAAGCUUGCGUAACGCAGCAUGCGUCUCGGGCAGAAACACCUCAGCCAUCAAGUUGCACCUAGUCUGGCAUUGACCCGCAGUCCUGAACGUUCAGCCGACUUCCGGCAGAUCCCACGCCGAAAUUAGUGCCAUCGACAUCUUGGGACUGCCACAGCUUGGCCGUUUCAGGAGAUUUGGCGCGGAGGGGACCCGGCGAGCCUGGCUCGAUAUCGAUGCGGGCCCUGUGCGGGGUGCCAUGUGCUCCACGAAGCGACAUCGAUUGAAAUCAUAGGCUAAAAGGAUCAGUGUGAUGACUACUGGCACAUACGCAAUAUCCUGUUCCUGCAAUGACCACCUCCUCCAUGGAUGACGAAAACGACGAGCUGGCGAGGAUCACCGUGCCUUCGUCGUCUCCGAGCGCGACAUACACGAACUGGGGCCUGGCGUUUGCCUGCCGUCCUCUCGCGAUCUUCGAGCCCGAAACCGAGGAGCAUUGUCAACUCGUGCUGCAGCUGGCGAAGAGGGAGGGCCGGGUUUUACGCGCGGUCGGCGUCGGUCACAGUCCCAGUGAUCUUGCGUGCACUGGUGACUUUAUGUUGCGGAUGACGAAGAUGAACAAGUUACUAGAGGUGGACCAAGAAAAGCUCGUCGUCGUCGUGCAACCGGGCAUAACGCUCAGUGACCUGCAUGUCGUCCUCGGCGAGCAUGGGCUGGCUAUGCGCAAUGUCGGGUCGAUCUCAGAGCAGACCCUCGGAGGAAUCGUUACCACGGCCUCGCACGGAUCUGGUAUCACCUAUCCAGUGAUGUCCGCGCAUGUGCUCGCGCUGCGACUGUUGCUCGCCGAUGGAUCUACAGUAACAUGUUCGCGGGAGGACCGGUCGGAUCUGUUCCUUGCUUCUCUCUGCGGUCUCGGUGCCACGGGUAUCAUCCUUGCCGUGACUAUGGAAGUAGAACGGGCGUUCCGUCUCAAAGACGAGCAAUGUUCCCGAAGCUUCGAGGAUCUGCUCGAGAACUUCCCCACCCUCAUACGAUCUGCGGAACACGUCCGAUUCUGGUGGAUUGCAGCCUCCCAAACUGUCAAAUGCAGCGCCGUCAAUCGCACGUCCGAGCCCAAACGGCCCCCGGUGCCGUGGUUUUGGAGUUCGUUCAUGGCAUACCACGUCGUCCAAGUGAUGUUGUUCCUCGGCCGAUAUAUUCCGGACGUGAACACGCUGACGGGGCUUUUUGUGUCUUGGCUUGGAUCAGCACCUGUUACUCUCGUUGAUGACAGCCACACCAUCUUCAAUGUGGAGUGCCGGUAUCCGCAGCACACAACUGAAUGGGCGGUUCCGCUGGACAAGGCCCAAGUCUGCCUACGUGCACUACAGGAGUGGAUGGCGCAAGAGCUCAGGGACCCCAAAGGGCUGCGCACACAUUUUCCUUUCGAGAUACGGUUCUCGGCUGCAGACGACAUCUGGCUGAGCCCGAGUUAUGGACGCGAGACUUGUUGGAUCGGGAUCGCCCAAUACAAGCCGUACGAUCUCAAUGUUCCAUACAAACGUUUCUUUGCCGGGUUUGAAAAGGUCGUGUCCAGUCACGGGGGCAGACCCCAUUGGGCAAAAGCCCAUCUCUUUGGGCCAACAGAGCUGCGCAAGCUCUAUCCCCGCUUCGACGACUUUGUGCGCGUCCUGAAGGAUGUUGAUCCCGACGGUCUUUUUCAGAAUGAAUACGUACGCCGGCAUGUCUUUGGGGAUAUCAUCGACAGCAGGACGUGGAGGAUCAGAAAAGCAUGACUCCUUUCUCCCGUGUCACACACCUGGUUGUUAGCCUCCUAGUACAGAUAGAAACAUUUAC